AUGGCUAUAUGGGAUUUCUUUGAAAAUGGAGUCAUGCCUAAUGAGAUUAAUGCUACUGUGGUCACUCUUAUCCCUAAAGUUCCCAAUCCUACCUAUGUCAAAGAUCUAAGGCCUAUUGCCUGUUGUUCUGUGAUCUAUAAGAUAAUUGCUAAAAUUAUCACACUAAGAUUACAGAAGGUUAUUGGUGAUGUUAUGGAUCUUGCUCAAGCUGGAUUUAUUCCUAAUAGGACCAUCUCUGACAAUAUUCUCUUGGCAACUGAACUUAUCAAAGGAAUGGCCUUUUCUGCAAAUGAUGCUCUUAGAAAUUGGGUUCCCUCAGCAAUUUUUAAAGGGAUCAUGGUGUGUGUCACAUCUGUUAAUUACACCAUCCUUAUAAAUGGAACCCCUCGCCCUCCUUUUCCUGCUAAGAAGGGCCUCAGAUGUGAAAGACUUGGCAUCACCCACUUAAUGUUUGUUGAUGACUUGGUUCUCUUUGCAAGAGUUGACCAGAGUUCCCUUAAUCUACUUAUGCAAGCAUUCAAUAAAUUCUCUACUGCCUCAGGGCUUGUUGCUAAACUUGACAAGAGCAAUGUGUAUUUUGCUGAGAUUCAGGAAAAAGAAGUUCACAAUCUUCAGGAGUUGCUCCAAAUGCCAAUUGGGAUCUUCCCCUUUAGAUAUUUAGGGGUGCCUCUGCACUCUAGGAAGUUGUUUUAUACUGAGUGUAAGCCACUCAUUGCAAAAGUUGUUGCUAGGAUUUUCUUGUUACCAAAGAAAGUUCUUAAGGAAAUCCAGAAUACUCUCAGAAGCUUCCUAUGGACAGGCUUGGAUACCAUUUCUAGAAAAUCUCCUGUUUCUUGGGAUUAUAUGUGUAACAAGAAGGUCUGUGGAGGGUUAAAUUUCAAAGAAAUCACUACUUGGAAUAAAGCUGCAAUUGCAAAACAUUUUUGGGCUCUUGCUCUAAAGCAAGAUAGACUAUGGAUCAAAUGGCUCCAUGUCUACUAUAUCAAGCAGGCUGAUAUCUAG